GGGGAGAGAGAGAAAGAGAGAAAGAGAGUCUGAAACACACCAAAAAAAAGAGACCUGAGGCGCACGAUUUUGAUUGAUCUCUGCCCCGAUUCAUCUUUUUUACGAUAUGCCGCCGAACGGAGAUCUAGACCGUCAGAUCGAACAUCUGAUGGAGUGUAAACCUUUAUCGGAGGAUGACGUGAAGACGCUCUGCGAACAAGCCAAGGCCAUCCUCGUCGAGGAAUGGAACGUUCAGCCCGUGAAAUGCCCCGUUACCGUCUGCGGCGAUAUCCACGGACAGUUCUAUGACCUCAUCGAGCUUUUUAGAAUCGGUGGUAACGCCCCCGAUACGAAUUACCUCUUCAUGGGUGAUUAUGUAGACCGUGGCUACUAUUCAGUGGAGACAGUUUCUUUAUUGGUGGCGCUGAAAGUUCGUUACAGGGAUAGACUUACAAUCUUGCGAGGGAACCACGAGAGUCGGCAGAUUACUCAAGUAUAUGGUUUUUAUGACGAAUGUUUGAGGAAGUACGGAAACGCAAAUGUCUGGAAGUAUUUCACUGACCUUUUCGAUUAUCUUCCUCUUACUGCCCUUAUCGAGAGUCAGGUUUUCUGUUUGCAUGGAGGGUUAUCACCUUCUUUGGAUACACUUGAUAAUAUCCGAAGCUUGGAUCGCAUACAGGAGGUUCCACACGAAGGACCAAUGUGUGAUUUACUAUGGUCUGAUCCCGAUGAUCGAUGUGGGUGGGGAAUAUCUCCACGAGGUGCUGGUUAUACAUUUGGACAAGAUAUCGCAACUCAGUUUAACCACAACAAUGGACUCAGUCUCAUAUCAAGAGCACAUCAGCUUGUCAUGGAAGGUUUUAACUGGUGUCAGGAUAAGAAUGUGGUGACGGUGUUUAGUGCACCAAACUAUUGCUACCGGUGUGGAAACAUGGCAGCCAUUCUAGAGAUAAGUGAGAACAUGGAGCAGAACUUCCUUCAGUUUGAUCCAGCUCCAAGACAAGUCGAACCAGAUACUACCCGUAAGACCCCUGAUUAUUUUUUGUGAUUUAUUUUUGUAUUUUUUUUUCUAAGUUGAGUUCGAGUUUCCCUCAAAAAAAAAGAAAAAAACAUCAUUUUUGUUGUUGUUGAUGUGAUUGCUGAGAACAAAGUUUGUAGGAGAAGCGUCUAUAUAUAGAAUAGUGUCUUCUCAUUCCACUUGUUACUACAUAGAAGAAUGAGGUUCCGAAACCUUCCUGCCAUUUUCAUUUCAGUUUCGUUUAUAAAAUAUGAGUUUGAUACUGAUUCAAAGUUCC